AGAGGGCACCAGAUCUCAUUACGGAUGGCUGUGAGCCACCAUUUGGUUGCUGGGAAUUGAACUUAGGACCUCUGGAAGAGCAGUCAGUGCUCUUAACUUCUGAGCCAUCUCUCCAGCCUGGCAUUGUAGUUUCUUAUCCUCAGGAUGCUGCCCAGUGUGUCAGUCAACUUCCUGUUAGUCAAGACGCUAACCUUUAACACCGCAUGCUGUUAUGCCCUCUGUCAUGAUGAUGAUUAACUGAAUCUCUGAAAUGUUAAGGAAGAAACCUCAAUUAAAUGUUUUCUGUGUAAGAGUUGCCAUGGUUCAUGGUAUCUCUUCACAGCAAUAAAAACGUAACAAAGAGAGAAGUUGGUACCAGGGUCUGUGGUAUUUAUAUUAUAGGUUGGCCCUAUCAUACAAUUUCUCUGUGGUGUUCUCAGUAGUGUUGAUCUACUUGCUUGUUUCUCUCUUUAUGUCUGUUCAUUGGGAUUUCUUUCUCAAGGCUAUAUAUAGCCUACAUAUAGGGGCCAGAAAUAGUGCAUGUGAACCUCCUAGUCACUCUUCUUCUAAAGUUACUGUCAUGAAAAAAGUGUGGGAAGCACCAGAAUUCUCUAUCUUGUGAAAGAAGCAUACAUUUACAGUGUCAGUAUCACACUUCAUGUUUUACAUAUUUAUGAGUUAUUUUAGGAUGCAGUGACCUAUGAUGAUGUGCACAUCAACUUCACUCAGGAAGAGUGGGCUUUACUUAAUCCUUCCCAGAAAAGUCUCUAUAAAGAUGUGAUGCUAGACACCUACAUGAACCUCAGUGCUGUAGGCUACAGUUGGGAUGACCAUAGUAUUGAAGAACAUUGUCAAAGUUCUAGAAGACCUAUAAGGUGUCUUCAAAGUCAUGAAAAAAUUCAUACUGGAGAGAAACCGUAUAAAUGUUUUCUUUAUGGUGAAGUCUUUGCAUCUCACAGUUGUUUCCAACUCCAUAAAAGAAUACAUACUGGAGAGAAAACCCAUGAAUGUAGUCAAUGUAUUAAUGCUUUUGCAAGUCAUGGUGUGCUUAAAAGAUGUGUAAGUGCACAUGUUGGAGAGAAACUCUAUGAAUGUAAUCAAUGUGGAAAAUCAUUUUCAGAAUGCUCUAAACUCCAAAUACAUAAAAGAACACAUACUGGAGAGAAAUCAUAUGAAUGUAAUCAAUGUGGGAAAGCAUUUUCAGAAUGCUCUAGACUCCAAAGACAUAUAAGAACACAUACUGGAGAGAAACCCUAUGAAUGUAAUCAAUGUAGUAAAACCUUUUCACAAAACUGCGGUCUCAUAAUUCAUAAAAGAACACAUACUGGAGAGAGACCCUAUGAAUGUAAUCAAUGUGGUAAAGCCUUUUCACAAAACUGCAGUCUCAAAAGUCAUAAAAGAACACAUACUGGAGAGAAACCCUUUGUAUGUAACCAUUGUGGUAAAACCUUCUCACAUGGCAGUGGUCUCCAAUAUCAUAAAAGAAUACAUACUGGAGAGAGACCCUAUGAAUGCAAUCAAUGUGGUAAAGCUUUUGUAAGUCAUGGUGACCUUAAAAGACAUGAAAGAACACAUACUGGAGAGAGACCCUAUGAAUGUAAUCAAUGUGGUAAAUCUUUUCCACAACACUGUGGUCUUGUAAGUCAUAAAAGAACACAUACUGGAGAGAAACCCUUUGUAUGUAACCAUUGUGGUAAAGCCUUUUCACGUGGCAGUGGUCUCCAAUAUCAUAAAAGAAUACAUACUGGAGAGAGACCCUAUGAAUGCAAUCAAUGUGGUAAAGCUUUUGCAAGUCAUGGUCAGCUUAAAAGACAUAAAAGAACACAUACUGGAGAGAGACCCUAUGAAUGUAAUCAAUGUGGUAAAGCCUUUUCACAUCACAGUACCCUCUUAACUCAUAAAAAAACACAUACUUGAGAGAGACCCUGUGAGUAUAACUUGGGGGGUAAAGUAUUUGUAUGUAUCAUCAGUCAUUAAAAUCAUGAAAAAACAUCAUACUGCAGAGAAACCCUAUAAAUAUAAGCAGUGUGUCAAAGUUGUACAUUUUGAAUAUCACAAUAAUCUUUGAGGGCCUGAGAAAAUUCAUACCAAAGGGAAUCUUACUAGAAGGGAUUUGGUACAAUCUUCAACCAACACAUAUUUGGCUAUACAAGAUUCUGGAGAGAAAAAAAAUCUGACAAAUGUCAACAAUCUGUUCAAGUAUUAUGAUGUCUCUCUUUUGUUUGCACCUGCAAAUUUGUAUGGAAAAAUUUUAUGAAUUCAUUUAUAACACUUUUUGAUUUCAUACUUUAUUAUAUAAAAAAACCUCAUUCAGAUUGGUUGAUUUCUCUAAAUUCAAUCCUACAUUCUUGCUUUCAGUUCUAUGAAUGAGUUCAUGAUGAAGGGAAACUGUUAGACUUUAAAUGCCUCAAUACCUGGGUUACAGGAAUGACUGCUUACAAGACAAAAUAUUCACAUGUGCAAUCUGUUUGGUUAAAGAUUUGGUUUAAUUAUGUGAGGUUAGUGUGUGGGUUUAUGAAUGUUCAUGCUUGUUCCCAAGAACAUUAGACCCUUGAGUAUUCCUGUAGCAGGAACUAAGGAAGUUCUCAAAAACCUGACCUAGGUCUUGGCAAUGAACUUGUCAUAAUUUUGCUUGUCCAUGUAUCUAACCCUGUACAUAUUUUAAAUCCUUUUUGUAUCAUCUUGAUAUCAGGUAACAAAGAAGAACUCAUGAAAGAGAAAACCCAAUUCAUGUAAACAAUUUUGUAAAAACUUCAAACUUGUCUUUAGUUUCAAUAAAAAAUUGUUUCAUGUGA